UUUUAUCUAUUUUUCAUUUCUCCUAGUCAGAAAGAUACUAAAUAUUUUUGAAUUUACUUACAUUUUAUAAGUUUCCUUUCAAUUGAUAUAAGUCUAUCAUUAAAGGAUUUCAAUAGUAGCCCAGUCUACCGUAUUUCAGCUUCGAGUUCAACCUUCGUUCACAUAAGAUUUCCACAAGGAGUCAUAAAUACUUGAGAAGAAAUUUAAUAUCACACGCGUUUUCAACUAACAACUGGAAUCAGUAUACUUGUUAAAGCCACUACUUAACACUACUGAUUGACACCCGGUAUUACUUCCAACUGAAUACCAACGUAUAUUACUUUCCCAUUAUUGCAAAAAAAAAAAAGUAAUAAUUUUUUUGGUGCAGAGGAAAAAAAGAGAAAAAGCAGCAACAUUUUUUUUUAUAGAGCCAAAUUUCCACUUUGCAACAACAAACAAUGUUUACCUCCUGGCAAGAAACCAUGUUUUUCAACCCCGAAUCUCCUCAAGAGAUUUGUCCUAAUAUCUGGUUAGGUCCAUACAGUUCGUUGUCGGGGUCAUUUCUCGUGGAAAAUCCCAUGCAGAUCAUUAUAAACUGUGGGACUACCUUGAAGUUUCUCGACUUGGUUGAAAAUGACAAAAGUGUUGCUAUUUCAUCAGAUGUGAUUUUAUUAAGUCUUGACCCAGCCUUUGACUCAAAUCAUGAAUUAGUUGACAAAUUCAAACGCCAAUUCACGAAAAUAUUACAACAUUACCUUAACUUUUUCUAUUUAGAAAAUCCCAAGUCCGCGCUUUUAAUGCAUAAGCUACCACAAAAUUCAAUUGAAUUAACAUCACCAAUUAUUUCAGGAAGUAAUUUGAAGUUGCAAUUUUUCAAUUUGAUCAGAUUAAUGACAUUAUUUAAACUGAUUAACCCGUCAUUACAAAUUUUGGUGGUAUCUGACGACGGAAAUAGCUCACUUUCCACCGGGUUAGUCAUUGCCUAUUUGAUGGAUUGUUAUAGGUACAAUGUUGCCAAUUCCUUCAGAUUGAUUCAACAUCGUCGUCCAAGUGUUCGUGAAUUGAAUAGCAACUUUUAUGAUGAUUUGUUAAUUAUUGAACACUUGAAGAAAUUUUAUGUGGAAAAUUGUGAAAUUAAAAAUUGUCAUACCCCAAUUGCCACCACAAAUUAUAUGUUAAAGAGAAGAAAUGACGAAUGUGUAGAGGACGAGGACGAUAUGGUGGACGAAAUUUUAGUGGGCGGCGGGGACAGAAAAAGAAGAUUUGUACAUUAGCACUGUGUGCGAACAGCCAUAGUUUUGCACCUCCCCUGUGUAUUACAUCGCUACGCGUGGCUUGCAUAAGCCAUAGUAUGGCAGUAUAUUUUUAUUUGCUUAGUUUAUGUUGUAUUAUUAUUUAUUUAUGUACAUGUUAUUUAUACUUUUUUGUAGAGAGCCUUGACCAUGGGCUAUAAAGAUCCGAAGGUGAACUUUUAUUGUGGCACACUUAAACCCACCUUGUUGGCGGUCUUUCUGACAUUAUCUUCUUGAGACAUAGUUAAUCCUGGGUUAUAUCUUUCUAAUAAUUCAAUAUACACCCGUUGACUGUUUAAGAAAGUAACCAUGUUAUGUAAAUUUUGUCUUUGGUGCACACUCAUUUCCUUCUGUUGAACGUAGUCUUUCAAGAUAUGACUGUCAUGUAAUUCCUUAUGUUCAACUGCUUCUGUAGUUUCAUUUAACUUUUUCAAUUUUGAUUCCAAUUCACGGACAUCUUUACCUUGUUUUAUCCCAGUAAGUUUUUGGUAACUUAAUAAUGCAAUUUGCUUUUCUCGCUCACGGGCUGCUUGAACUUGAUGUGCCUUAUUUUGAAUAAUAAGAAGUUCUUCAAGUAAAGUUUUAGUCAACUGCUUGACAGAUGGGAAAGUUUUUGAAUAAAUAGACAUGGUGUGGCUUGAC